AUGCCGCCAAGGAGAGUCAUGGUCGAGUCCUCCUCGUCGCGCUCGCGCGCUCCCAAGAGCUUCUUCUGGAACACCUACGAGACCCUCACAUCGCCCGACAACGCCUCCGUCGUGCGCAGCGUCGCAGUCUUCGGUGCUUCGGUGGCUUUCCUGGCCAGCCCCUGGGGCGAUGUCCUCCUGCCGCCGUAA